AUGGCUUAUUAUUCUACCACUUCCAAGCUCUUCUUAAUCGCUGUUCUUUCGGCUUUGUUCCUGGCUUCCAAUGUGGCUACUGCACGGCCACUCUUGAAACCUAGCUCAUCAACUCUCGCCGCACGUUUGAAAUUGGAUGGGGCUAAUGAUAACGAUCAGCCAUCGAAUUGCUGGGACUCCUUGAUUCAGCUUCAAGCGUGCUCUUCAGAAAUUAUACUCUUCUUUGUGAACGGCGAGACGUACCUUGGCCAUGGAUGUUGCGAAGCCAUUCGUAUAAUCGCGAAGCAGUGCUGGCCGAACAUGAUGGAUACUCUGGGGUUUACUGCUGAAGAAGGAGAUAUUCUCGAAGGCUAUUGUGUUCAUGAAACGUCUCCACCGCAGCAGGCCGUUGGACUCGCUAGGGUUUCUACGAUGAGGAUGAGGACUCAGGUUCCAUGA